AUGACUGGCACAGAAGUAGCUGUCCCGAUGCUGCGUUGGGGUAUUCUAGGCACCGGAUGGAUUUCAACCAUGUUCACGAAGGAUCUGCUGGCCGAUCGUCCAGACGCUGACUGCAGACAUGCAAUAAGUGCGGUCGGCUCUUCGUCCAUCUCGAAAGGCAAGACCUUCGUCGCCAAUUGUUGGAAAGAAACGACAACACACACGCGACCCCGUGUGUACGACAGCUAUCAAGCAGUAUACACAGACACUAAUGUCGAUAUUGUCUACGUGGGAACACCGCACUCUGAGCAUAAGAAAAACUGCCUGGAUGCUAUUGCCGCGGGCAAGCACGUUUUGUGCGAAAAGCCACUUACUAUCAAUGCAAAGGAAGGUCAGGAGGUGGUCGACGCGGCGAGAGAAAAAGGCGUCUUCCUUAUGGAAGCCGUUUGGACGAGGUUCUCGCCAUUAUUCUCCGCGCUAAAGGAGGAACUUUUCGUAAAGAAGACCAUUGGUGAUGUACAUCGCAUGUUCGUGGAUUUUGGGAACAAGAUGCCCCUGGACACGCUGCCGUCUACCCAUCGUCUCAAAGAUCCCGCUCUGGGCGCUGGCGCUCUUCUUGACAUCGGCAUCUACGCGUUAACCUAUGCUUCGGUCAUACUCGGUGACUGGAAACUAGGACUGCAGCAUCCUACACCAGUUGUCACAUCUUCACUCGAUAUCCAUGAUGGGAUGGAUCUUUCGAAUGUGAUUGUGCUUGACUAUCCUUCAAAAGACACCACCGGACACGAAUCAACAAAGACGGCAAUCUGCACGUCUUCUUUCAAGUGCAAAUCACCCGAUGACUUUGCCCGCAUUGACGGAUCAUGCGGAAGCAUUCUCAUCUUUGGCUUAGCCGCAAGUGUGCCCGGCGGUUUUCGUAUCCUCCUCUAUCCAGCGUCACCAGGGGAAGAGAAGUCCGAGACUGAGAGGAUCUUUACUGUCGAGAAGCCCAAGGACACGCUGGGCUUCUUCUGGGAGGCAGAUGCAGUUGCACGCGAUAUCGCCGCUGGCAGAACAGAGAACGCUGUUGUCCCACUUGACGAGUCGAUACGUAUGAUGCAGCUCAUGGACAAGAUUCGGAAAGACGCUGGUUUAGUCUACCCGCAGGACACAGUAUGA